UGCUUCCUGUUUGCCUCAGAACUGGGUUGUGCCGUGUCUGAGGGAUAAGGAGUUCUGAGGAAAGAGGUACAGACACUUUGUGAGAAAAUGGACUCUUUCAAAGGACCUUGUCCUCAUCAGAGUGUUCCUGUGGAGAUGGAUGAGAGCAUGACGUCCUCCAGUCUGGACCUGGUCUGGCCUCCCUCUUGUGAACAGUGUAGCGGACAUACAGAGACCAGCCGGAGGCCGCAGGACUACGACACCGAGCCGCCUGGUGGAGGAGCACACGACGUCAGGCAGAGGAGACUCCCCGAGAGCCAGCGCCAGCAUGAACCCAGAGCUGCCGGCCACGCUGCUCCGGAUCCCCGCUUUGUACCGCAAACACACCCAGGACAAGUGAACCCACCCCACCCUGCCAUUGUUUGGCCUCAUGGCCUCAGAGAGAUACAGCUGUAUGAACGGGGCCGCAUGCUGAACCCCUGUAGGGGCUUUGCAGGCCCUUCGAACUGGCCCCAGCACUGCUCCGUGGAGGAGGUCGAAAGCUUGGAAGCCCCUCUCCCGCUGGUGUCUGACUUUAACUGGACCUACGACGGCCCGUCACAACACCCUGCAGCCCACAGGCAGCCUGCUCAGUGCGCCAACCCAAAGCUGGGGAGUCAUCUCGGAUAUUGUGCGUGCUGCCCUCCAACAAACCAGCGCCGUCACAUUCAUGAUUAUGGUUAUCAUAAUAAGCAUCAUUACUCAGCAGAUCCACACCAGCAGCCUCAACACCACCAGCGGUCCCGGAAUCUCCCCGAAAACAGGCCGCAACUCCCAGAUGCCCCACAUCCCGCCCCAGAGUCCGUGGCUCAGCGCGCGGCGCCUCCUCGCGACGUGAUGCACGAGGUCAGCAUAGAUUGCUCCUACGGUGCACGUUCAGGACCGGCCACAAGGGAGAUCAGGAAGACCAUAAGCUUACCUGAGGAAUGCAGGAACGUUUUCAUCACAUAUUCAGUGGACACAGCCCAAGACAUUAUUCUCUUCACCAAGUUUCUGACGGAUCAAGGAUUCAAACCAGCGAUUGACAUCUUCGAUAAUCCAAUCCGAAGGAUGGGCAUCACCAAAUGGAUGGACAGCUUUUUGAAUGAUAAAUCAGUGCUCAUCAUCGUCGUCAUCAGCCCCAAGUACAAGGAGGACGUGGAGGGAGAUGGAGACGACGACCACGGCCUGCACACUAAAUACAUCCACAACCAGAUCCAAAAUGAGUUCAUCCAACAAGGCUGCCGCAACUUCAGACUGGUGCCUGUGCUGUUUCCUACUGCAACUAAGAGACACGUCCCCAACUGGCUCCAGAGCACCAGGAUCUACCGCUGGCCCCAGGACACCCAGGACCUGCUGCUGCGCCUGCUCAGGGAGGAGCGCUACUUCAUCCCUCAGCAGGGGCCGGACCUCACCCUCACUGUCCGGCCGCUCUGAGGAAAACACGCGGACGAUAAGCCGUUUUAAAAGGAAAAGUUUUAUUCUUGUUAAAACCCCGGCAUGCUGUGGGUGUGAUGAGGACUGUUACUCCUGCAGCAGACGAGUUGUCGUCACUUGUUUGUUUGUUUGUUUGUUUGUUGUGUUGAUCCAUUAUUCGUUUUUUAACAGCCUUACUGAUCUCACCAGCUUCCUCUUUGAUGACAGCAUUUGAACAAUUAACAACGCAUCCUGCACACUACAGAGCCCGGAGUCUGCCAUUAGCAAUGCUUAUAGCUUUUAACAGUGUUUUGCCGUUUUAAUGGAGUUAUAAAUUGAUAUAUUUUUAUAAAAGCCGAUCUGAUUACACAGCCGUUACAAAUUGGUGGUAGUUGUACUUUGUAGGUUGGACACAUUUUAAACCUAAAGCUUCUAUUAAUUCCUUUGUUUGGCCACUUGGGGGCAGCGGAAUCACCUGUAAACACAAAACCUGGCAUUGUAUUACUUUAUGAAGUAGUUUUGAGGAACAGUCGUCUCUUUACACACCCAGCAGACAAAGAGUGAAAUCAGCAGGAAUUCAUAGUUUUGUUUUUGUCAACCUGACAAAUGUAAGUCCAAUGUUCACUCUCACUCUGUCUGCUGCAGGUGGAAACAUCAGGAUACCUCGAAUGCUUUGUACUUUUUGUAAUUAACUUUUCGUUUUUUGGCUUUCAGUUUAAUAAAACGUAAUUUGCAAA